AGGAAAUGUAGUUCAUUUGCUCUUCAACUGCGGAAAGAUCUAGGGCUGUGGACUACCACUCCCGUGAGGUAGUGCGCAGUCCCGCCCCUUUCGCGGCGUCUUCGAACGCGCCGCGGCAGCCAUGUUGGUCGUGGCCAGCAGAGGGGCCGGCACAAGGGGGUUACUGAAGCAGCUGUCACAAUGUUGGGAUCCCUGGUGUUGAGAACAGCGCCGGCGCCGCGGCACCUCCUCCGGCUGCUCAGGGCUCCAUCGAUCCAGAGCUUUGGAAUUGCCUCCUGCCGGAGCGUCAUCACUGGGGACCGCGGGGAGCUGCAAUGGCUGAGAGCGGCCGCCGGGGGGCGCCCUGGAACAUCUUUGGCCUUGCUUCCCGGACGAAGGGCAGCCACCGGGGGGCGCCAGGGAGGACGCAUCGAGACCCAGUGCUUGGCUGCCGCCACGUGGGGGCGCCUUCCUAGCCUCGAAGAAAUAAUCCCAGGACAUGACAACUGGAAUGGGUUCCCCAGCAGGGCUGGACUAGGCAUGUGGGCCCUGGCCACGGCGCUGGUCGUUAAUUGCUACAGCAAGAAUCCGUCCAACAAGGAUGCAGCCCUGAUGGAAGCUGCCCGCACCAACAAUGUACAGGAACUGAACAGGCUAUUGUCAGAAGGUGCAGAUAUCAAUGCAAGACACAAACUUGGUUGGACAGCACUCAUGGUGGCAGCCAUCAACCGAAAUGACAGUGUGGUACAGAUUCUCCUUGCUGCUGGGGCUGACCCGAACCUUGGGGAUGAUUUCAGCAGUGUCUACAAGACUGCCAAGGAGCAGGGAAUCCAUUCUUUGGAAGAUGGGGGACAGGACGGUGCAAGCUGGCUCAUCACAAACCAGUGGACAAGUGCCCUGCAGUUCAGGAGGUGGCUAGGAGUCCCCACUGGCGUCCUGGUCACCCGAGAGGAUGAUUUCAAUAACCGACUAAACAACCGUGCCAGCUUCAAAGGCUGCACAGCCCUGCACUACGCCGUCCUUGCUGAUGACUACCGCACUGUCAAGGAGCUGCUUGAUGGAGGAGCCAACCCCCUGCAGAGGAAUGAAAUGGGACACACACCGUUGGAUUAUGCCCGAGAAGGGGAAGUAAUGAAACUUCUGAGGACUUCAGAGGCCAAGUACCAGGAGAAGCAACGGAAGCGUGAGGCUGAGGAACGGCGCCGCUUCCCCCUGGAGCAGCGACUGAGGGAGCACAUCAUUGGCCAGGAGAAUGCCAUCACCACCGUGGGUGCCGCGAUCCGGAGGAAGGAGAAUGGCUGGUAUGAUGAAGAACACCCUCUGGUCUUCCUCUUCUUGGGAUCAUCUGGAAUAGGAAAAACAGAGCUGGCCAAGCAGACAGCCAAAUACAUGCACAAAGAUGCCAAAAAGGGCUUCAUCAGGCUGGACAUGUCUGAGUUCCAGGAGCGACACGAGGUGGCCAAGUUUAUCGGGUCCCCACCAGGCUAUAUCGGCCAUGAGGAGGGUGGGCAGCUGACCAAGAAGUUAAAGCAGUGCCCCAAUGCCGUGGUGCUCUUCGAUGAGGUGGACAAGGCCCAUCCAGAUGUGCUCACCAUCAUGCUGCAGUUGUUUGAUGAGGGCCGGCUAACAGAUGGGAAAGGGAAGACCAUCGACUGCAAAGAUGCCAUCUUCAUCAUGACCUCCAACGUGGCCAGCGACGAGAUUGCACAGCAUGCCCUGCAGCUGAGGCAGGAAGCUUUGGAGCUGAGCCGUAACCGUAUCGCUGAAAACCUUGGUGACGUCCAGAUUAGUGACAAGAUUACCAUCUCUAAGAACUUUAAGGAGAAUGUAAUCCGCCCCAUCCUGAAAGCUCACUUCCGGAGGGAUGAGUUUCUGGGACGGAUCAAUGAGAUCGUCUACUUCCUUCCCUUCUGCCACUCGGAGCUCAUCCAGCUAGUCAACAAGGAGCUGAACUUCUGGGCCAAGCGAGCCAAGCAAAGGCACAACAUCACCCUGCUGUGGGACCGUGAGGUGGCAGAUGUGUUGGUGGACGGCUACAAUGUGCACUAUGGUGCCCGCUCCAUCAAGCAUGAGGUCGAGCGUCGAGUGGUGAACCAGCUGGCGGCGGCCUAUGAGCAGGACCUGCUACCAGGAGGCUGUACUCUGCGCAUCACUGUGGAGGACUCAGACAAGCAGCUCCUCAAAAGCCCUGAACUCCCCCAGGCUGAGAAGCGUGCACCCAAGCUGCGGCUGGAGAUCAUCGAUAAGGACAGCAAGACCCACAAACUGGACAUCCGGGCACCACUCCACCCCGAGAAGGUGUGCUACACCAUCUAGCACCCACCUGCCUGUGCGUGCCCUGAGCAUCCAAUAAAGACCCCUCACUGUGGCAUGGCAA